AUGCUUUAUUGGAAGAAAGUUUUGUUCAUUCUCGAUGAUGCAAACCACCAAGAACAGUUGGAGUUUUUAGUUGGAGGGCCAGAGUGGUUUGGUAUGGGUAGCAGAAUUAUAUUAACAGCAAGAGACAAGCAGCUGUUAAUCAGUCACAUUGGGGAUAACGUGUAUGAAGUCCAACUAUUAAUUGAGGAUGAAGCUCUUGAAUUGUUCAGUAGGCAUGCUUUUAGAGAAAAAUCACCAAAGAAGGAUUAUACGGAACUUUCAAGACAAGUGGUGAAGUAUGCUGGUCGACUCCCUUUAGUUCUUAAAGUUUUGAGUUCUUCUUUUUACAGACGAGACAAAGAGCAGUGGAGACACAUAAUUGAUCGGCUGAAGAGAAUCCCUCACAAUGAUAUUCUAGGAAAGCUUAGGCUUAGUUUUUAUGGACUGGACAAAGAUGUGAAGGAAAUAUUUCUAGAUAUUGCAUUUAUAGGUAUUGCAAGCUUGACUGGAUAUAGUUAUAAUCUUUAUUUGGAACUAGUACUUGAGAGUCAUGGUUUUCAACUGAUAAUGGAUUACCUUAUCGAAAAAUCACUGUUAUCGAUCAUACAUAAUAGUAUCGUAAUGCAUAAUAUGAUAAGAGAUAUGGGUGCAAAUGCCAUAUGGGAAGGGAAUGCUAACAACAGAAUAUGGCUUCCCGAGGAGGUUCGUGACCUUUUCAAAAGAAAGUUGGUAACCAAUGUUUAA